AUGAAGCUUCUGGAACCAUGGAAGUUCGCCCUUAUUAUUCUGGCCGUCGUGCUCUUUAUGGCACUAGUCAUUGGUCUGCUUGUAUAUUUUUUGUUCUUUGAUCAGGAUAUGUUCUUUUACAAUGGGACCUUUAAAAUCACUAAUGUCCAGUACAGCCGUGAGUUUGACAAGCACACCUCAAAAGAGUUCAGAGACCUGAGCACAAGCAUCGAGAUGCUGGUGACCAAUACAUUUCGAGCCUCCAUUUUAAAUAAGAAGUACAUCAGGUCCCACGUUGUCAAUCUGAGUCCAGAUGCUGGUGGAGUGUUGGUAGAGCUUGUGCUGAUGUUUGAAUUCGCCUCACAUGAUAACAGAGAGGCUUUCUCGGAAAGAAUCAAGAGCAUUUUGCUUAGGCGGCUGCAGAUGAACACAGGGCACUUGAAAAUUGACCCUUCAACUUUUAAAUUCUCAGAGAUGAAGAAGGAAAAUGGAGAACACUUUUUCAACAACUGUUGUGGGAUACGAACAAGUAAAUCACCUUCUUACACGGACAGAAUAACCGGAGGCACGUCUGCCCAGGAUGGCGAGUGGCCUUGGCAGGCUAGUCUUCAGCUGAGCGGUAUCCAUCGCUGCGGCGCGACGCUGAUCAGUGACAUGUGGCUUGUAACUGCAGCUCACUGCUUUAGAGGACAACCAAAUCCCCUUAGGUGGACAGCUAGCUUUGGGACAGUCAUAAGGCCUCCGAAAAGCAGAAGAUCUGUCCGCAACAUAAUCAUUCAUGAAAAAUACACUAAUGCCAUUCCAAACCACGAUUAUGACAUUGCUGUUGUGCAGCUCUCCUCUCCCGUGGAAUUUACAAACGACAUACGCAUGGUCUGUCUCCCCGAAGAAUUUUACGUCUUCCCACAUAACACUACCUGCUUCGUCACGGGAUGGGGCGCUUUACAGAAUGAAGGUCCAAGCAUUAAUAAUCUUCGGCAAGCGGAAGUGAAAAUCAUAGACACGAACAUUUGCAACAGAGCAGAAGUGUACAAUGGGGCCAUCACACCUGGGAUGGUGUGUGCUGGAUACUUGGAGGGGAAAAUAGAUGCCUGCCAGGGUGACUCUGGUGGCCCCCUGGUCACUGAAGAUCGUAGAGGAAUCUGGUACCUUGUUGGAAUAGUGAGCUGGGGAGACGAAUGUGCUAAAAGAAAUAAACCAGGUGUCUACACUCGAGUGACUUACUAUCGAGAUUGGAUCGCCGCAAAAACUGGCAUCUGA